AUGGCUGUAGACGCGCUCCACCUUCGCAAGACCUCACUCUCCCUCGCUGUCGAACCGCCAUCACCACCGCCACGUCAGCCUCCGGCUCAGCCCAAGCACUCGGCUCACGUUAGAGGCGGCGGAGCCAAGGAGGCGCAUUUUAGAGGCGUGCGCAAAAGGCCGUGGGGCCGAUUCGCCGCUGAGAUUCGCGAUCCGUGGAAGAAGACUCGGAAAUGGCUCGGCACCUUCGACACCGCCGAGGAGGCGGCUCUUGCGUACGACGAAGCCGCUCGUAGCCUCCGCGGUCCGAAAGCCAAGACUAACUUCGGAGCUCCGGCUUCAGCUUUGCCUCACACGCUUGUGAUCGGAGGUGGAUCCGAGAUUUUCUGGACUCCGCCGCCGAUGUACUUCAUGGGCGGAGCUCCGUCGGGGGCUCCGGUGAGGUCGGAGUACAAGGGGUACAAGCUCGAGAAUGUGGACCUAGUGGUGAGCGAGCAGGAGAAGAAGAUGAGGAAAGAGAAGAAACCGUUCUUGUUCGAUCUGAAUCUGCCGGCGCCGCUGUUCUGA